CGUAACGAACAUCAUUCCAGACGUGGAGGACGGGCUCGGACACUCACCGUUUUUUGUACCGCCAGGUCCUCACCACUUCCCGUUGACACCACUCGUUUCACGGGCACAUGCUGAAUCACUGGGCCCGCUAAGACGCUUCGCCUAUUGAUUGCGAACUGGAAUUGAAGGGUCGGCAAAACAUGCGUGCUGCAGAGCGACCUCGACGAAUGCCCACGAAAUCCCGAACUGGAUAUCAAAACUGCAAGACAAGGAAGGUCAAGUGUGGCGAGGAGCUGCCGACUUGCCUGCAUUGCGCAAGGCGUGGAGAUGUAUGCGACUUGGCGACCAGAACCGCCCAGCAGAGCGCAAGCUCAAACAGAGGCUCGGAUGAGAGGUCUAUCUCGUCUCCUCCGACUGUGACAUCCUCUUCUACAGCAGCGUCCAUUCUCGACUCUUCUACAGAAACCUUACCCAUAAAUAUCUUGGAUUUGGAGCUUCUUCACCACUACAACACGUCAACGUAUUUCACACUCUCUUCGGAUCCAGCUAUGCGUAAUUACUUUCUCGAGAGCGUACCAAGGUUGGGUUUCUCGCACCCAUACGUGCUCCACGCCCUUUUGGCACUAUCCGCAUCCCACUUAGCGCAUUUUCGACCAGAGUCUCGCGGACACUAUCAUGCUUGUGCCAAGGUUCACCACGGCAAGGCUACUACUGUUGCGGCCCCUCUUUUAAUGAAUAUUACGGAAGAAGAGAGGAUCCCUAUGUAUUUCUUCAGCAUAUUCACGCUAUUUAUUUCCUUUGCUAGUCUUCGAGAUGGGGGCUAUCCCUCUUUUGAUGGAGACAAUGUUAUCCCCGCCUGGUUCAGCCUCUUCCGUGGUGUACGGACCAUCCUGGCAUCAGGUAACGGCGCUAUCUACAGAUCAUCUCUUGCGUUUUUCUUCACUCACUCACGGGUUAAUGACACUUGGUUUCAAGUCCAACUCGAUUCCGAGCCUAUCCUCGACUUCCAACGUCAUCUAGCAUCAAUUGGCUCGGAAAGCGCACAAAACCAGCAGCUGUUGGUCAACACCUUUGAAGACCUCAGACGAGCCCUUUACUUCUUCCAUGUCGAGGAACUUGGCGAUGAGGCCCGUGUCCGCAGCAUGUUCACCUGGAUGUACAGAGUUACCGAUGACUUCGUGGCAUUGCUGCAAGCUAGGAAUCAGGACGCACUUUCUAUACUCGCUUUUGCCUGUGUUCUAUUACACCAACUGGACUAUAAGUGGUGGAUGCAGGGUUGGGGAACGCACUUGCUUGGUCGUAUAUAUGCGGCUUUGGAUGAGGUCCACCGGUUCUGGAUCAGGUGGCCUAUACAGCAGAUUGGAUGGAUACCUCCACGGUAG